CGAAGAAGAAAAAGGGCAGUCGUCAGGGAGUGGAGGGAACUUUGACAACACAAGUGUGAAUGAAUGUACUUUAUUUGUUUUUUUUUACUGAGUUUGGAGUAUAAACGUCCAUGAAUUCGCAACGUUUUGAGUUCAAACAGUGGAUAUUGUUGUAGUGUGUACUUUCGCUGUUUUUCGGUCGUUGCUCGCUGACGCUUAACGAAAGGUUUGUGUCAGUGUGUUUUUUUUAAACUUUCAGAGCUUUUACGGAACAUUAUAUAAAACUUACCGUGAAUUUAGCUCACUGUGUAUGACACUCAAAAAUCCUCUGUGUAGCUGAUAGUAGUCAUAUUAUGUGUUAAAUAUAUAUCUCGUUGUCAGGUCCUGCAUUGGUUUGUGGUUUGUUGCUCGGUAGUGUACUGUAAAUAAAUGUUACCGUAAUGUUUGUGACAGCGGAAAGUUCAAACCUGUCGUUAAGUUGUAAGAUUCUUAUUGAAUGAUUAAUAUGCCGAAAUGUCAAGUAGCUCAUGGCUGCUAAAAGUUUUAUUUAAAGGGUUUGAUUCGUCCCUUAAAUUUGACUGUUCAGGUGCUUUAGCUAAAUAAACGUUUUUCAUCAGAGUGUUUGAGUACCUGUGCAGUGGUUUAUAUCCAAACACCGGCUGUGUUUUGUUGUACUUUUCAGGUAAAACACAUGUACCACCUCAAAAUCUGACUAAUAUAAGCUUAUGUAAGUCAAAUAAAUUCUUUAUUCUGAAUUUGGUGAAUUGCUUUGAAUGUUUGCUCUGUUUUUGCUUUGUCCCAGGAAACUCAUGAGUGGAGAGGAAUCUGGGAGAGGCUCAGGAAGAGGAGGAAGAGGAGGUGGGGGAGGUAAUGGCAGAUGGAGAGGAGGUGGUGGAUGGAGAGGAGGCAGGGGAGGAUGGAGAGGAGGUGGUGGUGGGUGGAGGGGAGGUAGAGGAGGAUGGAGAGGAGGAGGUGGUGGUGGUGGUGGUGGAGGAGGAUGGAGAGGAGGAGGAGGUGGUGGAGGAGGAUGGAGAGGUGGGGGUGGUGCUCCAGGAGGAGGAUCAGGAAGCAACAGAAGAGGUGAGCUCUAUUUGUUUUCUCCCAUUUUAUCUAUCAAGUAGUUAGGUUAAAAAAGUUAUUUUCUGACAUUUUAUGAGGGGAAAAAAACACUGAUGGCAUCCAAUGUCCUUACAAAAUGUUAUAAAUGAAAGUUAAACUAAACCCAGGAACUUUCCAAAAUAUUUAAAUAAUAUAUAAUCCUUUCUGCAUCUUCAGUCCCUGUCCAGACUACCUUGGACAGACUGUGUCCAUACAAAGGAUGGACACUGUACUUCACAGAAGGUACUUGUGUGCGUUUAAAUCUCUGUUUUACCUGAUGUUAAUGUGUAUCGAUGUCAUAAUGAAAUAGAGGUCUAGAUGAUUUGGCUUUUUUGUGUUUGUAAAGUAUAUACCUUAUAUUUCUUUACAGGCUUCAUUGAGAGCUCACCAAGUGUGGAAAAGAUCAAAGUGUUUGAGAAAUAUUUCACCUCCAGGAUUAAUCUCUAUGAUAAGGUCAGUCUAUCUGUCUACAUGAGUAUUCUCCUGUUAAAUAAUCUUUGGGUCAUCAUCCUUUAUUGUAGCCAAUCUGUUUGUAUCCAGGAUGAGAUAGAGCGUCAAGGCAGUGUUCUGGUGGAUUACGCAGACCUAACUGGAGACAAGGCUGUAUGUGGAAAGUUACCUGAUCUGACCACAGAACUAAGGGAGCAGCCAGAACUUUUACUCAACUGUUUAGGAUUGGCUAUUCACCAGGUAUACACACACAAACUGUUUCUCCCACACACUUGUGCAUCAAGUUAAAUUGUUUCAAAACCAUUUUUCAUUUUUAAAGACUCAGUUUUUGAGGUAAAACUGCCUGAUACAGUGCUCUUAACUGGUUUUGACUGCUGACAUUUUGAAAGCUUCAAGUAAAAGGGAAAUGAUAUUAAAAAAAAACUCACUUGUGAGGUUAUUGUCUCAGAGGAAGUAUGUAGACCAGGUAUUUUGUUUUAUAUUGAUACUCAUAAAGCUUAUUGAAGCACACUGUUUCUUUGAAAGAUAAGAGUUAUAUUUUGGGCAUAAAUUUCCCUGCUGUCUAUCACUCUGAGCACUCCUCUAGAUUUAAAGCUAGUAACCUAAAACUAUGAAGUGAGAAGGAAAAUCAAAGAAGCUCCAGUCAAGUACAAAAUGAGACAGUGUGUUUUUGUCCGUGUGUGUGUGUUUUAGGUGUUGACGGUAGAUUUGGAGAAGCAGGCUGCUGAACUCGAAGGGGAAGAACUUCCUGUCGCUGCACCAAUCAUUAACAUCCCUCACAUUAGCGCGAGGUAGGCAUACAGUUCAAGCACAGUGUUCAACAACUGACCUGAAGGAAGCUAACUGCAUUCCUGCAAAUCAUCCACAGGCUGUAUAACUAUGAACCCCUGACUCCAUUGAGGAUGCUGCGUGCCAGCGUGUUCGGGCGGUUGGUGUGUGUGAGGGGAACGGUGGUCAGGGUGAGCAACAUCAGACCUCUGUGUACCAGGAUGGCCUUUAAGUGUGUGGGCUGUUCAAAUAUACUGUCUCUGCCGCUGCAGCACGGGAAAUAUGCAACACCUACCAAGGUAAGUACACAAACUACUUUUGUCUAACAACAUCUGUUAUGGGCUAUAAUAUUUAAUAAGGCUGGGCGAUAUGGCCUCAGAUCAAUAUCACAAUAUAUUUAGCAGUUCACCUCGAUAACAAUAAAAGGACGAUAACUACUCCACAAGCUGCUCACCCCCACCUACAUUAACUUUGUCAACUUCAGCUGCCGCUUCAGUUGCUACAACUUUUGAACCGUCCUCCAUCUCCUCACCUGUCUUUCCUCUUUGUUACGGACUGGAUGAGGUGGAGUCACAUCUCCAACAUAGGACAGCGUCUUAAAGGGACAUGAGACCAUAGCCUACCCACACACAUCCAAAAACAACUUUUAUUUUUUAAUUUUUUUGACACCGGAUAUACCAAUAUGGGCAAAAUGAUGUUGGUUAUUGUCGUAAAUUGGUAAAUUUACGGUUAAUCGCCCAGCCAUUAUAUUGAGUACACAACACAAGUAUUACUGUGCUCUGAUGUGCUGGGUUUUUCCUGUAAUCAAAUUACAAUUCAUCUACCCCAGCCUAAUUAAUUACGCUUUAAGUUGGGCCAGUCAUGCCCAUGGUUGCACUUGGUAAGAAAGAUACCACCUCAGCCUCAUCCUAAACUAGGACAGCCCUACCAUGCAUACAGUUUUCUUUAACUGCACACACAAAAGCUUCUAUAGGUAUCAUUAUUUUGAUUUAUAGAAACAGUCUAAAAUUGAUGUCAUGCGUGUCUUUUAUAUCUAGUGCAUUCAGCCUGAGUGUCGCACUCGAACAUUCCUCCCCUGUAGAAGUUCUCCUCUCACUCAGACCGUAGACUGGCAGAUCAUCAAGUAAGUGUGUCUUUGAUUAUAAUUGACUCUCAGCUUAGAAAACUGGGGUGAGGCUGAAGUGUUUUACUUGUGAAAGUACAAGGCCAAUUAGGCCGAUUAUGUAUAAACUGCACUGUAUCUGAACAGAUAAAUUGAUCAUAUGUUGACUAGGCCAAUUCACAUGUACUGUGUUGAGAAGCAAAAAGAGCCUUUAAUAAUUUGUCCAGCAGAGUGUGCUCUAACUUCACCUUUAUCAGUGCUAUUGUCAAUAGUGUGCUCGUAUUGGAGUGGGCAGUUUAAUAAGUUCCCCACAUUCUAACUUAUUCUUUCCAUGCAACUUCUGAAAAUAUUCCUUUUCUCCGUCAGGGUGCAGGAGACGAUGGGUGGGGAGCAGAGGGAGGCAGGAAGAAUCCCACGCACCGUGGAGUGUCACCUGACCUCAGAUCUGUGUGACAGCUGCGUCCCAGGAGACACAGUUACAGUGACAGGGAUAGUCCGAGUCACCAACGAUGGUGCAAACCCACUCACUCACACACAGUCAUACAUUCUACCUAUCAUGGGGGAGUUCAGUUUGAUAUUGAAAUGAUUAUUUGUUUUUAGGAACUACACGGGGGAACAAGGACCAGUGCAUGUUUCUCCUCUUCCUUGAUGCCUCUUCAGUCAGUAAUACUAAAGGUAAGGGAGCUUCUAUAUUUGGUAUUAGCUGUAUCAGUUUAAUACAAACCAGCCAUGUUGAUAUUUGAUAAGAGAGAUAAAUCUCUUAUAACCUCUUGAUCAAAAGGUAAGCAGUCAAAGUCAGGUCAAGGAUCAGGAGGAUCUUCAGAGGAUCGCUCAGGAGGGGAGGAGUUCAGUCUAAAGGAGCUGUAUGCCAUUCAGGAGAUUCAGUCACAGCCUGACCUGCUAAGACUCAUAGUACAGUAAGAGAUGGACUACCUUCUCCUGAAUAUUUUUGCUGUUUAAAAAAAAAGGCCCUGCAUUAUCUUCCUCUGAAAUUUUUUGAAUGAUGUAGUCUAGAGUUGAAACCAGUGGUUCUCAAGUCCAGUCCUCGAGGCCCAGUCCUGCAUGUUUUGGAUGUUUCCCUGCUCCAACACACCUGAUUCAAAUGAUUAGCUCGUUAUCAAGCUCUGUAAUGGCUUAAUAACGAGCUGAUCAUUUGAAUCAGGUGUGUUGGAGCAGGGAAACAUCCAAAACAUGCAGGACUGUGGGCCUCGAGGACUGGACUUGAGAACCACUGGUUUAAGCAACAGGGACUGCUGUAAAACUAGAUGAAAAAUAGAGUUUUUUAUACAAAAACACUCAAUUGUCUUACAUUCAGCUCUUUCAGUACUUUUUAGUCCGUGCUUUCUCAUCCCAAACUAUUAAACACUCUGAUCUAACUUUAUUUUGCAGCUCAUUGUGUCCUGCAAUCUAUGGCCACCUGGUGAGUUCUUUGAUGCUCUUCACUUGUAACUAGAUUAAUAGCACCUACAGCAUCUUCAUCCCAGACUACAAAGGUGUGCUUAUGAUUUGUUUGAAUGCAGUGAAAACAGCAUAUUUUCUGGCAUCUCUCAGUUUAUUUAUUAUCACUACUGUCAAAUUAUGACAAAGUAUUAGGGCCACAUAAAAAAAAAAAAAGAUUUCGAGAUUAAAAUUGUUAAUUUACAAAAAUAAAGCCAUUAGUAACAAGAAUAAAGUCAUAAUAAAGUCCUUAUAUUCUAACCUGUCGCUUAAGAUGACAGUUGUUGAAAUGAGAGCCAUGGAGCAUUUUGUAAAAAUGUACUUCAAUAUAGGUUUCUCAAACAAGGAGACACUUAAUCUUUCGGCAUAUCAGCAUCACAUUAUCAUAAGUAUCACAAUGAUUUUAUUACGACUUUAUUCUUGUUAGUAAUGACUUUAUUCUCAUUAAUAAUGACUUUAUUCUUGUAAAUUAACAACUUUAAUCUCGGUCUUAUUUUUAUUUUUUUCUUAAUGUAGCCCUAAUACUCUGCCGUAGUCAAAUCCUCCUUAAGCAUAGAAUGUUAAAUUUUGACAGUUUUAUUAUAUAUUCAUCUGCUCAGUUGUUUUUUCAAGUUAAUUCUCAAUACUGCCCCUCCACCUCUGAAAGGAUUUGUUCAACUCUGCUCUGAGCAGAUGUGCCUCUAGAGGGAAGUGUUGCUUUCUGAAAUGAGAUUCUGCCUGUGUGCAAUAUGCCCGUUCGGUAAUAGCCAUGGGAGAGAGGAAUAAGCUCCAGAAAGAUUAGAAAAUAGGCACACAUUUUGAAACCUAAUGUUUAGAAAUUUGUCAUUUUCAUGGUUUUGUAUCAUACACUAUUGUUGUGAUAGUGUGCGUGUGUUAAUGUGUGUGAGAGUGUGGCUAUUGGUGUGCUCUUUGUGCAUGCAGGGAGGCUUAGACGAAUGAUGUAGAGAAAGUUGGCAAUAAUGUCAAUCUGAUUUUAUGAUGUCUUAUUAAUAUUUUUUUACGGCUUUAUUGUAUGUUUCAUUCUGUAAUGCUCGUGUGUCUACCUGCCCAGAGACUGCAGAGGGAAUCAGUUAAACCUGGUGCAAUGCAUCUUUUCCCAUUAUCUGACAUUAAUGUUUGUUUUACAUGGUCCCUGACAAACUAAACAAAAGACGAACUAACUUUUGUGUUUCUGUGUGUCCCCAGCUUGUGAAAGCUGCUCUAGCCUUGGCAUUGUUUGGAGGCCGACAGAAGAACACAGAUAAGAACAGCGUCCCGGUUAGAGGGGACCCACACAUCCUGAUGGUGGGAGACCCUGGACUGGGAAAGAGUCAGAUGUUACAGGUAACACAGAAAACACUGAAACCUUUGAUGGAUCAUUAAAGAGGCAGCCAGCAGUGUGAUCUUGUCACUCCUUGGCCUAAGUUUUGAUGUAUUUUAGUAUUUUCAGCAGUCGUAUGUUGAAAUGAGAAGCAGCCUCAGCAUAUGUAUGAAUGUAAAUUGAGUGCUCAAAUUAGAUUUCUAAUCCUGUGUGUAGGCAGUGUGCAACGUGGCUCCUAGAGGAAUCUAUGUAUGCGGCAACAGCACAAGCACCACAGGUAUAUUAUCCAAAGAAAUGCUCCUAUUUAUCAUCUGUUAUUUGCAAAUACAGAUGUACACAUUUUUUCCGUAACAUUCUGUUAGAUUUCAACAUUUUAAUGCUGAUUUGUUUAUUUGUUUAUGUUUUUGCAGGACUAACAGUGACACUGUCCCGAGAUGCAGGAACAGGGGAUUUUGCCCUUGAAGGUGGAGCCUUGGUGCUGGCUGACCAAGGUAGCAGAGAGAGAAAACACUGGCUGAAAAAGAGAAUUAGUGCCUGUCAUAUCUGCAUCCAUCAUUGGUCUUUCUCCCUGUCUUCAUCUUCUAGUCUUGCUUACUUUUUAGGUCUGUGCUGCAUUGAUGAGUUUGAUAAGUUGGGCAGCCAGCAGCAGGCUCUUCUUGAAGCCAUGGAGCAGCAGUCUGUGAGCCUGGCAAAAGCUGGAAUAGUUUCCUCUCUUCCUGCCAGAGCAUCAGUUGUGGCAGCUGCAAACCCCAUUGGAGGGCAUUACAACCGAGGAAAGACUGUUUCUGAAAACCUGAAGUAAGUUCACUAAACAACAAAAAAACAAAAUAAAAAGCUGCAAGAGGAUAUCGCUGUAAGAGUAAAUAUACUGUACAUCUGAUACAAAUCAAAUUUUACAUUUGUGCAUUCUUACCUUCAGAAUGGGUUCGGCUCUUCUCUCUCGGUUUGACGUCGUUUUCCUCCUUCUGGACAUCCCGGAUGAGUCACAUGAUCGCCACCUGUCAGAGCACGUCAUGGCAAACAGGGCGGGAAAAGGCCGAACCAGCAGCGCUAUGGUUACCAGGACUAACAGUGAAUCAGCAAUGUCUGUCUUACUUGAACACUCAGAUAUGCCGCUUUCGGAACGUUUGCAGGUAUAAGGAGGAGCACACACCAAAAUAGAUUGACAGUGGGACUAUUACACCACCCUUUUUAUGCAAUAUAUAUAUGUGUGUGUGUGUCUUUGUCAAGCUCCCUGCAGGUGAAAACAUCGACCCCAUUCCAGCAUGUUUGUUAAGGAAGUAUAUCAGCUAUGCUAGACAGUAUGUCCAUCCCACCCUGUCCCCUGAGGCUGCACAGAUCCUUCAGGACUUCUACUUGUCACUGAGAUCACAGGCUCACUCUGCUGAUGCAACACCCAUCACCACACGACAACUCGAGUCUUUAAUCAGACUAUCUGAGGUAGGUUUCUGUUCAUCUGUUACGUGAUUUCUUUCUGCUAUAGUUUCAGGCUACAGCAAACUACAGAAGUGUAUCUUUCAACUCAAAGAACCUGUUUGUCCACUUCCAUCCCAGUGUUUGUAUUAAAUCGGGUGUUUUUGUACAGGCAAGAGCCAGGCUGGAUCUUAGAGAGACCGCUACCAAGAGUGAUGCUGAGGAUGUGGUGGAGAUCAUGAAACACAGGUGCCAUUACAGGAGUCUUUGGUUGCUACGGGGAUCACCUACAUAGAUUAUUUUUUUUUUUUUGGACAAAUGUAACUUAUUUUCUCAGUUAGCCCGUAAGAAAAUCAUUUUAUCUUACCUUGUGCCCAGGGUUUGACAUUUGACGUCUGAUAUUUGAGGAGAGGAACUUUAGGUUUAUUGGUGUUCUCACCAAUGAAAGAUGCAUGUUUGUGUUCAGUCAACUUUAGACCCUCAAAAGUAAAUGGUGGAUCUGAUCGUUCAUUUUAAAGGAUUUAGAAAAGACUCUUAAAAUCUAUUGCAGAAGUACGAUAGAAAUGCUUUUCAGGAGAAAAAUCCAGCAUAUAUCCCAUUUUAUGCAGCACCAGCUUUGUAAUAUUAUAUUUUUUCUCCCUUCUUUGUGUGCGCGUGUGUGUGCUUGUUUUGCAGUCUGGCUGAUACAUACUCAGAUGGUCUCGGCAAUCUGGACUUUGAGCGCUCCCAGCUGGGGUCAGGCAUGAGUCAACGCAGCUCUGGGAAACGUUUGGUCAAUGCUCUGCACAUGCAUGCACAGAGAACCAAUCAGAAGCAGUUUGACCUUCAGAUGAUUCGAUCUGUAGCCGACAAACUGAACAUCAAGGUAGAAGCAGUUAGAGGCAUUUAAUACCACCAUUUGUUACCGUCUGUGUGUUUGUCUAAAUUGUUGUGCCCAAAAAGUUAAGACAGCGAAUUAAAAACAAGGUAAAAAAGGUUACAUGUUAAUUCUAAAGAAGGAAAAGAUAUUUUGGUGAGAUUUCUACAAAGUCAAAUAUCUCCCAGCUCUCCACUAACUCAAUAUUUGAGUCUUUGCUGAACAUUUUUUCCUUAAAAUCAGAACAACGGUAUCAGUGUUUGAUAACUUAUUCAUUCUUUGGUUCAUUUCCUCCAGGUGAUGGAUUUUGAAGGUCUGGUGAGUUCCCUGAAUGAACAGGGGUAUCUGCUGAAAAAAGGGGCAAAGCUGUACCAGCUGCAGACUGUCUAACAAAACACUGCAACAGACUUCCUGCAGACCUGACUACAAGGUCAGUGUCAGAAUAUAAAAAGGCACUGAAUGAUUCAGAAUAUAGAUACUGAAAGAAUUCUUCUAAUUUUAUAAAGUAUUUUCUUGCAGAAUAAUUUAUCGGAAUGUAAGGUUGUAUUUACAUACACAUUUUUGCCAAGGAGGGAUUUUGUACUUUAAAAAUAUAAUACUCUGAAAAUAAACUGUAUUGUCAAUGCAUCUAUUUUUGUUUUGUAAUAAAAAGUACAUGUAUA